AUGACCACCCUAACGGUGCUUCUUCUUGUUUUGGUUUGUACGUGGGAGGAGCAGCGAGGAUGUAGCUCACUAACUGUUAGUUCACCAAGUACAGCUCAGAACAGUCAGGAAGACCUAACAGAUCCGAGGGCUGCAGAAAACACUGUCUCGCUGGUGAAUCAUGGUCAGAAUGCUGAGGUUCUUAUGACAACGCACAUUCCACUGACUCCUGGAUUAACAGAAACAGGAAAGAAUGGCCUGGAUGAAAUAAUACAGAUCUCAACUCAAACUCCAGACUUUACCUUUCAAACCACUUUGACUCCUGGAAAGAUAUGGAAUGUCAUUACAUCCAAGAGUGAAGCUGUGUAUAAUGGGGAUAAUGUUCACACUCAGUCACUGGAGGCCCAGGAGUUCAUGGAGGCAGAGGCCAAUGGAGACCCCAGUCAUCAUGUGAAACUUCAGAGUGACUCCCAUCCAGAGUCCAGAGUUCUCCCAGAGAGCAUCUCUGGGUGGGGCUUGGUCUCUCAGGGGGAGGGGCUAACUAUAAUAGGGGUGGGGCCUCGCUCUCGUCAUAGGCGGAGCUGGCAGUGGAACCAGUUCUUUGUGAUUGAGGAGUACAGAGGACCAGAGCCAGUGCUCAUCGGACGGGUAAGACCUCAUCACAACCAAUGUCAUUAAAGUACAGUAUGAUUUCAGUGUUAUAAGAAAUGUCCAUAAAUGUAGCUUUGGUUAAUUCCUAGAACAACAGCCUGAGGAUACAGCUUUUUCACUCAAGCUCCCCUUCUAGCAUUCAUUGGGAACAUCCCGCGCCCCCCACGUCUAUUUCUAUGGGCACAAGCACUGUUUUAUUAUACACAAACUGUUCACACCCCUUUUGUUGGCUGAGAGACAAUUUUGCAGAUUUAAAGCUUAUUUCCUACAAUUCUACACAUUUUGCCAUGUCUUACUGUAUGUGUGUUCAUGUGAUAUUUGAUUGACUCAAACAUUACAACAAAAUCAAUGGGCUAAAAAACCUAGCUGAAAAGCGUUAGCUGACAUAGGCUCUGUUGAUCUGGAAAUUUCUGACAAGUCAUAAAUAGCUCUCUAAGGCCUGCAAUGACUGACAUGACGAGGAAAACUGCUGAUGCACUACCCAAUUUUGAAAUUGGCACCUUGUGCAUUCUACUAUUACAACUUCCAGGAGUAAGGGGGCGGGGGGGUCCCUCGCACGCCCCACAGUUUGGGAACCACUGCAGUACACUACUAGUCAGUUGGCAUACUUACAUCACUAAGGUUAGCCAAUAAGUACAGUUGGUCACACCGCACCAACAACACCAAAGAGCUGACAGGAAGUCCGUUUUCAGCCAGUAUGAUGAGAUGAUUGGAGAUGUUUUAAAUCAGAGCACACCUGAUCCAUCUAGAUCUGUGGAAGUUACUUGUAGCACUUCACAGGCAAAGCGUUGGGCUGCUAAUGCAGCUGCUGGCAGCUUUAGUGUGUGUGUGUGUGGAUUAUAUUAGCUGUGACGCUUACAGGGAACUCUGCCAACUCACAGUAGCAGGCAGCAUACUUUAUUAUGACCCCACAGUUUGGAGCCUCACCAACCAACAAUGUGUUUACCUCAUAAAUGUUUCAUCUUCCUCUCUGCCUGUUAUUGAUACAGUCAGGGAGGGAUGUUAGUGCGGUCGGUGGAGACAUGAUACUCUUUCUUGUUGUUGUAGUUAGUGCACAAGUCUGAUUCAGGGCUUGAGAUGGCUAGGAUGCCAUAAGGGAUCUCGCAUAGGAAGGGAGGAGUUGUUUGGCUGUUAUGCCAAACAUGUUCCAGCUUGUUAGGGCUAUGAGUUUGAUAGGAUCAUACAUACACCAAUGCCCAGACUCACAUACAUGUAUAGAGUGUAUGUUCUAUGCCAUUUGAAAGACAUUGCUAGAAACAUUGAGAGAGGGGUAAGAUACAGUAAAUCAUGGCAAUUAAUGAGAAUUUUACAGGAAAAGAAAAUCAACAAGGUGAAGAUAGACUGAAGAUCUCUGCCAUACCGUAAGAGCAAGGAGAAGAGAAAAUGUAGAUGAAAGAGAGCGGGGAGAGUGAUAACGGCAUGGGGAAAGUAGCCGUCUGGGAAUUCCAUAUGAGAUCACUGCAAAAAAAAUCCCUCUCCACUGUUUUGUUUUUAUGGAUUGGAUAAGUUUCAACCCCACUGAGAAAAUAUUUUGCCAUGGUGACUGAUACACAGCAGGACUGAGCUAGCAAUUACAUUGAGACUAGGAGGGUAGGGGUUGGUGAGAGAGAGGGUGGAGGCUAGGAGGGAGGGGUGUUAGGAGAGUGAGAUAGGGAAGGAGACUGACAAAGAUGUCUCUUGUGGUGUUGUGUGGGAUCCGAAUCAAAGCAGAUUUAAGGAGGAAGAAUAUAUAGCAUUUCUUACUGUCUGUUAUCAUGUGUUUCUUUAAUCCCUAACUGCACGCACAACUACACACAUACACACACACACACUCACACACACUCUCUCUCUUUCUCUUGCUCUCUCUCUAACACACAUAUCACACUCGCACACAGACAAACUUGGCUGUAUACACCCAGGGUUUAUGAAUUACAGUUGACAUGUAUACCAAUGUUUUUAUGCACCACUUUGGCAUUCUUGGGUAGAAGAAAUUCACAUCUAUGUGAUUAAAGGCCUGGGGCCAUAAUAAUUUCUCGCACUUGCUCUCUCCAGGCUUAUGUGACAUAAUAAUAUUAACAAUGUUCCUUGCCCAUGGCUUGGCUUGUACGGAAUUCUCAUAUGAAAAAUAUAAUAACCACAGAGACCACGAAGCUGUUUCCAUAUGAAAGAGACUACAGUAUAUGUACAGACCUCAAUUGAUGUGAAAACCUGCAGUAUAUUGCUCAGUAAAUAUCAAAGAAACCCAUGCUACUUACUAUAGUUAAAAUAAUGGGUUGUGGUUUACUAGACAGAGGUUAUGUUGGUCUAAGAUGGAGGGUCCGCAGCGGAGGGGAGGAAAGGAUGUGAUGAGAGUAAGCCUAGUGGAUUAUGAGCAUGUGCAGAUGUGCCUUAAGGGGUGCGAGAUGUGAAGGUUCCUGGUCAGAAAGCCUUCCUUGUGUGAUGAAGGCUGAGUAAUCUCUUUAGCUUUCUAUUUCUGUGUGUCUGGCCUUUUACCCACCAAGCUCCUUGUAAUAUCCCCCUACUGCCAUUAAAUACUGAACAAGCUAGCACUCUUCACUGCAAAGUAAAAUGGGCAGACACACAGAGAGAGAGAAAGAGAGAGAAACAGAUGGGCAGAUGGACUGUCAGAGGUACGUUCUCAGAGAGAGAAAGAGACUAUAAUUUGACCCCAAUAACUAGCGUUGGACAUGCGUCAACAGCAACCUUGGGGAAAUCCUCUGCAUUAUCAUUAACAGCAGACUAUACAUUUCCUCAGUGAAAACAAUGUACUGAGCAAAUGUCAAAUUGGCUUUUUACCAAAUUACAGUACGACAGACCACGUAUUCACCCUGCACACCCUAAUUGACAAACAAACAAACCAAAACAAAGGCAAAGUCUUCUCAUGCUUUGUUGAUUUCAAAAAAGCUUUUGACUCAAUUUGGCAUGAGGGUCUGCUAUACAAAUUUAUGGAAAGUGGUGUUGGGGGAAAAACUAUGAGAUCCAUGUACACAAACAAGAAGUGUGGGGUUAAAAUUGGCAAAAAACACAUACAUUUCUUUCCACAGGGCUGUGGGGUGAGACACUGAUGCAGCUUAAGCUCCACCUUCUUCAACAUAUACAGUGGGGGAAAAAAGUAUUUAGUCAGCCACCAAUUGUGCAAGUUCUCCCACUUAAAAAUAUGAGAGAGGCCUGUAAUUUUCAUCAUAGGUACACGUCAACUAUGACAGACAAAUUGAGAAUUUUUUUUCCAGAAAAUCACAUUGUAGGAUUUUUAAUGAAUUUAUUUGCAAAUUAUGGUGGAAAAUAAGUAUUUGGUCACCUACAAACAAGCAAGAUUUCUGGCUCUCACAGACCUGUAACUUCUUCUUUAAGAGGCUCCUCUGUCCUCCACUCGUUACCUGUAUUAAUGGCACCUGUUUGAACUUGUUAUCAGUAUAAAAGACACCUGUCCACAACCUCAAACAGUCACACUCCAAACUCCACUAUGGCCAAAAGCUGUCAAAGGACACCAGAAACAAAAGUGUAGACCUGCACCAGGCUGGGAAGACUGAAUCUGCAAUAGGUAAGCAGCUUGGUUUGAAGAAAUCAACUGUGGGAGCAAUUAUUAGGAAAUGGAAGACAUACAAGACCACUGAUAAUCUCCCUUGAUCUGGGGCUCCACGCAAGAUCUCACCCCGUGGGGUCAAAAUGAUCACAAGAGCGGUGAGCAAAAAUCCCAGAACCACACGGUUGGACCUAGUGAAUGACCUGCAGAGAGCUGGGACCAAAGUAACAAAGCCUACCAUCAGUAACACACUACGCCGCCAGGGACUCAAAUCCUGCAGUGCCAGACGUGUCCCCCUGCUUAAGCCAGUACAUGUCCAGGCCCGUCUGAAGUUUGCUAGAGUGCAUUUGGAUGAUCCAGAAGAGGAUUGGGAGAAUGUCAUAUGGUCAGAUGAAACCAAAAUAUAACUUUUUGGUAAGAACUCAACUCGUCAUGUUUGGAGGACAAAGAAUGCUGAGUUGCAUCCAAAGAACACCAUACCUACUGUGAAGCAUGGGGGUGGAAACAUCUUGCUUUGGGGCUGUUUUUCUGCAAAGGGACCAGGACGACUGAUCCGUGUAAAGGAAAGAAUGAAUGGGGCCAUGUAUCAUGAGAUUUUGAGUGAAAACCUCCUUCCAUCAGCAAGGGUAUUGAAGAUGAAACGUGGCUGGGUCUUUCAGCAUGACAAUGAUCCCAAACACACCGCCCGGGCAACGAAGGAGUGUUUCAAGGUCCUGGAGUGGCCUAGCCAGUCUCCAGAUCUCAACCCCAUAGAAAAUCUUUGGAGGGAGUUGAAAGUCCGUGUUGCCCAGCGACAAUCCCAAAACAUCACUGCUCUAGAGGAGAUCUGCAUGGAGGAAGAAAGACUUACAGAAAAUGUUUGACCUGUGUCAUUGCCAACAAAGGGUAUAUAACAAACUAUUGAGAAACUUUUGUUAUUGACCAAAUACUUAUUUUCCACCAUAAUUUGCAAAUAAAUUCAUAAAAAAUCCUACAAUGUGAUUUUCUGGAUUUUUUUUUCUAAUUUUGUCUGUCAUAGUUGACGUGUACCUAUGAUGAAAAUUACAGGCCUCUCUCAUCUUUUUAAGUGGGAGAACUUGCACAAUUGGUGGCUGACUAAAUUCUUUUUUCCCCCACUGUAUAUCAACAAAUUGUUGAGGGCACUAGAACAGUCUGCAGCACCCGGCCUCACCCUACAAGAAUCUGAAGUCAAAUGUCUACUGUUUGCUGAUGAUCUUGUGCUUCCGUCCCCAACCAAGGAGGGCCUACAGGAGCACCUUUUAUUUUAUUUUAUUUUACCUUUAUUUAACUAGGCAAGUCAGUUAAGAACAAAUUCUUAUUUACAAUGACGGCCUACAAUGACCUAGAUCUUCUGCCCAGAUUCUGUCAGACCUGGGCCCUGACAGUAAAUCUCAGUAAGAGAUUCAAAAAAAGGUCCUGUUGCCAGGACCACAAAUACAAAUUCCAUCUAGACACCAUUGCCCUAGAGCACACAAAAAACUAUACAUACCUCAGCCUAAACAUCAGUGCCACAGGUAACUUCCACAAAGCUGUGAAUGAUCUGAGAGACAAGGCAAGAAGGGCCUUCUAUGCCAUCAAAAGGUACAUACAAUUUAACAUACCAAUUAGGAUCUGGCUAAAAAUACUUGAAUCAGUUAUAGAACUCAUUGCCCUUUAUGGUUGUGAGGUCUGGGGUCCGCUCACCAACCAAGAAUUCACUAAAUGGGACAAACACCAAAUUGAGACUCUGCAUGCAUAAUUCUGCAAAAAUAUCCUGGGGCUCUGUUCACAAACACAAAUAGACCCCACCGAGCCCCAGGACAGCAACACAAUUAGACCCAACCAAAUCAUGAGAAAAUAAAAAGAUAAUUACUUGACACAUUAGAAAUAAUUAACAAAAAAACAGAGCAAACUAGAAUGCUAUUUGGCCCUAAAUAGAGAGUACACAGUGGCAGAAUAACUGACCACUGUUACUGACCCAAAAUUAAAUUAAAAAGCUUUGACUAUGUACAGACUCAUUGAGCAUAGCCUUGCUAUUGAGAAAGAUUGCCAUAGGCAGACCUGGCUCUCAAGAGAAGACAGGCUAUGUGCACACUGCCCACAAAAUGAGGUGGAAACUGAGCUGCACUUCCUAACCUCCUGCCAAAUGUAUGACCAUAUUAGAGACACAUAUUUCCCUCAGAUUACACAGACCCACAAAGAAUUAGAAAACAAAUCCAAUUUUGAUAAACUCCCAUAUCUAUUGGGUGAAAUACCACAGUGUGCAAUCACAGCAGCAAGAUGUGUGACCUGUUGCCACAAGAAAAUGGCGACCAGUGAAGAACAAACACCAUUGUAAAUACAACCCAUAUUUAUGUUUAUUUAUUUUCAGUUUUGUACUUUAACUAUUUGCACAUCGUUACAACACUGUAUAUAACCAUAAUAUGACAUUUGAAAUGUCUUUAUUCUUUUGGAACUUUUGUGAGUGUAAUGUUUACUGUUCAUUUUUUAUUGUUUAUUUCACUUUUGUUUAUUAUCUAUUUCACUUGCUUUGGCAAUGUAAACAUAUGUUUCCCAUGUCAAUAAAGCCCCUUGAAUUGAGAGAGAAAGAGAGAGAGAGAGAGAGAGAGAGAGAGAGAGAGAGAGAGAGAGAGAGAGAGAGAGAGAGAGAGAGAGAGAGAGAGAGAGAGAGAGAGAGAGAUACAUACAAACAGAUGGAUUCAGAGAGGGAACGAAAACAGACAGAUGGACAGAACAGAAGACAGAAAGAGCGACAUUUGGGGACCACUGUCCACAGUCAUGUGCUCUCACCCCCUAACAAUCCCUUGUGGCCUGCUUGGUCCAAUGAGUUAAUUAGCUGAACGCAUCAGUACACAUUCUGGUCCCCUCUGUCCCCUUCACACCUGGUGCCAUUCAAUUCACACUCACUGAACACCACAUUGGGCUUGAUUGAAUCGCUGAUUUCACAAUCUCUUGUUUAGGUAGAAUAUACAUUAUGCUAAUUAGGGGUGCAUUUUCUGAGUCAGUGGUGGCUUGGACACAAUAUGUCAAACAACAAAGCAUAAGUUCAACUAUAAACCCUCUUUUAGAGAAAAUAUCAUAGAGAACUAAAGCCAAUCAUUAGGCUAGGCUCAAUGCAAAAUCCAUAGAUAUUUUAUGACUUUUUAUUUCUCUCUAUAUACACAUAUCUCCUGCAGCUGCACACAGAUAUGGACAGAGGGGAUGGGCGUACCAAGUACAUCUUAGAAGGAGAGGGGGUGGGGUCUGUGUUUGUCAUCGACGGGAACACGGGCAACAUCCACGUCACCAAGUCCCUGGACCGAGAAGAGAAGGACCAGUACCGCCUCAUUGCCACGGCAACCGACCGCCAGACGGGCCACGCCCUCGAACCCUCGUCCAUGUUCAUCAUCAGAGUGCAGGACAUCAAUGACAACCCACCUGUCUUCCAGAACGAGCAAUACAUCACAACCGUGCCCGAGAUGGCCAAUAUAGGUAUUACAUGUGACUGACAGGGCUCCGGUCUUGAUCUGUGAUUUACAUUACAGUCUAGACAAGCUGCCUCAAGGGCUUAUUAGUCAUUCCUGAAGUCUCACCACUUCAUCUCUCUCUAACAGGUACAUCCAUAAUCCAGGUGACAGCUACGGAUGCAGACGACCCUACGUAUGGUAACAGUGCCAGGCUGGUGUAUGCUGUGACCCAGGGCCAGCAGUAUUUCUCUGUGGAUCCUCAGACAGGUCUGGUUGGCCUACAAUACAGACUCCUAUCAAGCUACAUGUUAACCAUAUGGUAGCCAUGCUGAUGAACAGACACUACAGUAUGCCCCUUUCAUCUGUAAAGAUAUCAUAUGGUGUAAUUCUGUGGUCUGUAUAUACAGCCAUAGACAGUCCACAUGUAUUCUAUGUACUGGACAUAGAGCUGGGGACGGCAACAGGCGGCCCGCGGUCCAAAAUCUGUUAUAAUAAAAAAAGAGAUGAAAAUAUUGUUAUUUUCAAAUCCAAUCAAUUUUUGGGCUUCGUUGUGGUCAAUUUGCAGUGUACAAAUUAUUAUAAUGAUGUUCUGCCCACCCCCGAACAUCUGCUCUGACAAAAAUGGCCCACGGUUUAAUCUUGUCGCCUACCCCUGACAUAAAGGCUUGUGACAUAGCUGUAUGUGACAUUAAAGCAGGUGACUCAUCCUACUGCAGCAUUUAGGUCUGCUUGUCCCUUCAGCUGUGAUCUUUGUCAAUGUAAUGCAUCAUGUGCUUAUUUACUGUCCUCUUAUCGUCCUCUCUGGCAGGUGUCCUGCGUACUGCUGUACCUGACAUGGACAGAGAGAGUCAGGAUACCUAUCUGGUUGUCCUUGAGGCCAAAGACAUGGGGGGUCACCUGGGGGGGAUGUCAGGGACGACCACAGUUACUGUGAGGCUGAGUGAUGUCAACGACAACCCCCCUCACUUCAGAAAGAGUGAGCAACAUUACAGUUACUGUUUUGUUAUUGGCAAAUGUCAUGCUAUUACAGUUAUAGCUUUCAACUUCUAGAACUCCAGCUGAAACAUUGUUAGAAAAUAUUUCUGUGUUCUCUCUCUCUCUCUGUGUGUGUGGGUGUUUCUGUUUGUGUCUGUGCGUGCGUGUGCGUGAUUUGGUGUGUGUGUGAUUUUGCGUGCGUGUGUAUGUGUGUGCGUGUGAUUUUGUGUGUGUGUGAUUAGAGUGAUGAAAUGCCUUGCAAUGUGGCACUUGUGAUGGUGCACCGAUCUCUCGCUGCUACUAAGAGCAACUUUAGGGUCUUCUCUGCCAGGGUUGUGUCACACAGCAGCUAUGAGAAGAGACUACUAUGCUAAUAGUUUAUUUUGAAGCCAUUUUAUGGAGUGUUCCUUGAUGUGUGCAUAUGGCUGUUGUUUCCUCAUUGCAAACUAAUGAAUAAAAUCCAUGAAUGAGCUGCUUUUCUCUUCUUCUUCCCUCCUCCUCACCAUCAUCUUCAUCACCAAUCUGAAUUAAUAACAUAUUUUGAGAUUUCUCUGUUAGGUUUUCUCAACACUAAGCUCUUCAUGAAAAACAGUGAGGGAUCAUGGUCAGUCUUUUCUUAUCCAAGCGCUUCUACAUUCUAUUCUAUUACUGUUUCAUCUGACACUCAGUCGUUUCUGCUCCAAUAGACAAUAAAAUCACUGCAGAAUAUAACGUUCUGAGACAUACAAUGCAUUCCUCUAUACUGUAUGUCCCCUCUCUCUGCGUCUCACUCCCCCCCCUCAAGCAAUUUCAUAAUUAAAAAAUGCACAGGUUAUUAGGCACUAUAGCUGUUCUCCUACUGUAGCUCCCUGUGGUCGGUCAUGAUUCUCUAUCUGACACUAAUGCAGAGAGUGAGUCUAAACAAACAUAUUUAUUUCAUCUGUGGAGAUAGAGAUGUGUGUGUUGAAUUUGCAAAGCUUUGAAUUAAGAGUGGCCGGGAUCAUUAGAUUAAGGUGUGUCAUUAGAUUAAGGUGUGUCCUUUCUAUACUGUUCAGAGGGAGACCAUGGUAUGAAUACUACAGUUAGUCACUUACUGUGUAGAAUCAAAGAGAGACACAGACUGAAACUCAUCGCUGAGAGCCAGACAACUGCCAAACCCUGCUGUCACAGACUACUGCACUUUGGCUGCCUUUUCCUUGGCUACAGGACACUCAGAGAGACGUUUGUCUUUUGGUUUUCAUCAUUACUGUAAACAUUUUCCCUGAGGACUACUGGAAUGACUACUCUAUCAUUGUAGGAUCCAAAUGGUAUGUCUAUGCCCUGUCACUCAUCUGUGUGGUCCUCUCUCUCUCUCUCUCUCUCUCUCUCUCUCUCUCUCCUCCUCUCUCUCUCGUCUCCCUUCCUCUCUCCUCUCUCUCCUCUCUCCUCUCUCUCUCUUCUCUCUCUCCUCUCUCAUCCUCUCUCCUCUCUCUCCUCUCUCUCCUCUCUCCUCUCUCGUCGCUCUCUCUCUCUCUCUCCUCUCUCUCUCUCUCUCUCUCUCUCUCUCUCUCUCUCUGUAGGUGCCUGGUCGUUCUCUAUUUCUGAGCUGGCAGCACCAGGGGUAGAGGUGGGUCGCCUCUCGGCAACAGAUGCUGAUCUGGGAGAGAACGCCAUGCUGGAAUAUACCAUCCUGGAUGGAGAAGAGGGGGACACAUUUAACAUCACCGGAAGAGACCAAGAGGCUGUCAUUGUGUUAAACAAGGUGAGCAAUAAAUAAGAGAGACCAGAUAUAUAGCUCUUAAUCAAGUCAAAAAACAUCCACAAUGUGUAAAAUGAGAGUCUAAACUAUGCAUAGCUCCUCCAAGGCACUCUAACCAGGAAGUUAAUUCAGUGAAAAACAUAGAAAACCACAGGACAGUGUUGCCUGCAGAGACUCAAUCAGGUCUGAUAGUUUUGAAUAAAUAAAUAUUUGGUCUGGAAACAGUAAUUUAACAGUUUUUCCUCAAUCAUUUUUCCUGGCAAUCCUGUUGUGUGUGUCACGCCCUGGCUCUGGGGACACUGUUAUGUUGAGCCAGGGUGUGUAGUUCUAUGUUUGUAUUUCUAUGUUGGCCUGAGUGACUCCCAAUCAGAGGCAACGAGUGUCAGCUGGUGCUGGUUGUCUCUGAUUGGGAGCCAUAUUUAAACUGUGUCUUUCCCUUUGUGGUUGUGGGUUUUUGUUCGUAUUUGGUUUGUGUAAAACCGUAGAUAUCACGUUAUCGUUUUGUUGUUUUGAUCGUGUGAUCAUUCUAAUAAUAAAAUAUGUUCACCUUCAACGCUGCGCCUUGGUCCUCCUCCUUAGACGAUCGUGACAGAAAAACCCACCAGAACUGGACCAAGCAGCCUAGUGAGGAGCAGAAAGGGUGGACUUGGGAGCAAUGGAGGAAGAGCUUCGACUGGGUCAAGCCUAUUGAGCUGAAUAGCGGGAGUUGGAGGCAGAAGAGCGAGAGUUGGGCGAGGACUAUAGAGGCCUGGCCCACGGGGAGGAGAGACCCCCAGAAAAUUUUUAGGGGGGCUCACGACGUCGGGGCAGCAGGAGGCCGCGAUAGAGCGGUCCAGCGGGUUGGCAGAGGAGGCCGCCAGGUUACGGGAGUCACUGGUCACCAGGGGGAAGGAGGAUGUAGAGGCACGGCGAGAGGUACUGGCGUGUGUUGCCAGUCCGGCCUGUUCCUGAUCCCCACGUAGGGCCAGUGGUGUGUGUUCCCAGUACGGUCCGGCCUGUUCCUGCCACUAGUCAGUGGUGCGUUUCGUCAGCCCGGCGCGGCCCGUUCCUGCUCCCCGCACCAAGUCAGUGGUGCGUUUCGUCAGCCCGGCGCGGCCCGUUCCUGCUCCCCGCACCAAGUCAGUGGUGCGCUUCGUCAGCCCAGCUCGGCCCGUUCCUGCUCCCCGCACCAAGUCAGUGGUGCGCUUCGUCAGCCCGGUCCGGCCCGCUCCUGCUCCCCGCACCAAGUCAGUGGUGCGUUUCGUCAGCCCGGCGCGGCCCGUUCCUGCUCCCCGCACCAAGUCAGUGGUGCGCUUCGUCAGCCCGGUCCGGCCCGCUCCUGCUCCCCGCACCAAGUCAGUGGUGCAUUUCGUCAGCCCGGCGCGGCCCGCGCCUGUUCUCCACACCAAGCCAGUGGUGGGCGUCGUCAGUCCGGCACGGCCCGUGCCUGUUCCACUGGUGCCUGGUUCGGCACUGGUCAGAUGUUUUACGCCGGAGCUAGAGCAAUCCGCUCCAUCAGUGUGCAGUCCAGCUCCGGCCAGCGGGGCCAGACCGGACCAGGGGUACUUUGGGGGGUUGGAGAGGGAGUGGGGAUCAGGCCCGGAGCCGGAUCCGCCGCCAAGGCGGAGUGCCCACCCGGUCCCUCCCCUGUGGUAUUUAGUUGGCGCGGUCGGAGUCCGCGCCUUUAGGGGGGGGUACUGUCACGCCCUGGCUCUGGGGACACUGUUAUGUUGAGCCAGGGUGUGUAGUUCUAUGUUUGUAUUUCUAUGUUGGCCUGAGUGACUCCCAAUCAGAGGCAACGAGGGGUCAGCUGGUGCUGGUUGUCUCUGAUUGGGAGCCAUAUUUAAACUGUGUCUUUCCCUUUGGUGGUUGUGGGUUUUUUGUUCGUAUUUGGUUUGUGUAAAACCGUAGACAUCACGUUAUCGUUUUGAUCGUGUGAUCAUUCUAAUAAUAAAAUAUGUUCACCUUCAACGCUGCGCCUUGGUCCUCCUCCUUAGACGAUCGUGACAGUGUGAUUGCAGGAAUGUCACAAAAUGAAUGAACUCAAACAAAACAUUAUCUCACCUUGGUUUGCUUGGAAAUGGACAAUAGACAAAAAAGGGAUCCAAAUCCCCUGGAAUUUAUGCACAACUAUUUGAAAAAUGUAAGAUUCCGACUAGCAGUUGAAUUGAAAUCAUCAACCAGAAAAUAGGUUGUGAGCCUGUGUUUUCCUCAGUGUGGUGUCAAGUACAUGGGGCAUCGCAAGCUCCAUUUAACAAAUUGUGUGAGACGAGGGUGAGAGUAUGAGAUAGAAUGUGGGAAUGAUGAAUCAACGUGGGAGUAAAUUAAUUAUGGAACAAGGGUAGGAAAAGGGGCAUGAUGAAAAGAAGAAGAAAGAGAGAUUGUUCGAGUUAGGGAGAUAGAGAGGAAGCAGAGAGAGAGGGAAAUAAUAGACAAGAGUGGUUAUAGGAAAGGACAUAAGUAAAAUAUAAUUGGUUGUACUGUAUUUCUCUCCUCAGUUGCUGGACUAUGAGAGGUGCAGUUCGUACUCGUUCUCAGUGGAAGUUGUGAACCCUGUAGUGGAUGCACGGUUCCUACGGAAGGGUCCCUUUAAGGACCGUGCGACUGUACAGGUCAUGGUCCUCAAUGCAGACGAGCCCCCCCGCUUCUCCCGGUCACGUUACCGUCUAGAUGUGCCUGAGAACUGUCCCCCUGUCUGCAGCGUGGGUCAAGUGUCUGCUGUGGACCCAGACACAGGACAAAGCUCCAACAUCAGGUAGCCUACACUCAGUCAGUCCGUCCAUCAGUCAUUCUGUCCUUCACUCACUCAGUCACUCACUCAAUCACUCACUCACUCACUCACUCACUCACUCAUAUUUUAUUUUCUCAAACUAUUCUUUCUCUCUCCCCUCACUUCCUCUCCCCCCUGUCACUUUCUCUCAGGUACUCCAUUGAUCCCCAGUCUGACCCUGAGGCUCUGUUCCGUAUUGCUUCUGACAGCGGCCUUAUCACCGCUGUGAUGGAGUUGGACCGAGAGCGCGAGCAGUGGCAUAAUAUCACUGUCAUCGCCACACAGAGAGGUAUGAGGCUCCCUCUCUCCUCUCAGCUUCAGCCACCCCCAGGCAAUACAAGCACUCUGGCUUAGUACAGUCAUGUUUUUCCCCAUAUCACUCAUUGUAGCCCUGGGGUGAGAGCUGUGAAAAGCUGUAAUGAAGUUGAAGUUAAACUCACCAGGCACUCCUUUCCUGUUCCAGACAAUCCCAACCUUGUGACCAGAGUUGUGGUUGCCAUAGAGACACUGGACCAGAAUGAUAAUGCACCAGAGUUGGAUAGGCAGUACACAACGUCUGUGUGUGACUCCAGUACCCCUGGACAGGUCAGUGCUGCUGAUAACAUUUACCUACAGUAUGUAACUCUGACACUGCACUUUAUCAGUCUAUCUAUCUAUAGCCCUGCGUUCUGAUAACCAUAAUGCAAAUUUUUUACUGCAACCUUUGCAGGACAAUUCUCUUUAGAUGUCUUUGAAGAUUUCCUAUUCCUUUUAUCAUGUCUCAUUUUAUGAAAUUGAAACAGACUCAAGAUCAACUGAUGUUUAUUUUUUUAUUUGUUUUAUUUCACCUUUAUUUAACCAGGUAAGCCAGUUGAGAACAAGUUCUCAUUUACAACUGCGACCUGGCCAAGAUAAAGCAAAGCAGUGCGAUAAAAACAACAACACAGAGUUACAUAUGGGGUAAAAACAGUAAAACAAAGUAAAAAAUACAACAGAAUAAAUAACAAUAUAGGGAUGAGGUAGUUGGGCGGGCUAAUUUCAGAUGGGCUGUGUACAGGUGCAGUGAUCGGUAAGGUGCUCUGACAACUGAUGCUUAAAGUUAGUGAGGGAGAUAAGUGUCUCCAGCUUCAGAGAUUUUAGCAAUUUGUUCCAGUCAUUGGCAGCAGAGAACUGGAAGGAAUGGCGGCCAAAGGAGGUGUUGGCUUUGGGGAUGACCAGUGAGAUAUACCUGCUGGAGCGCAUACUACGGGUGGGUGUUGCUAUGGUGACCAAUGAGCUAAGAUAAGGCGGGGAUUUGCCUAGCAGUGAUUUAUAGAUGGCCUGGAGCCAGUGGGUUUGGCGACGAAUAUGUAGUGAGGACCAGCCAACAAGAGCGUACAGGUCACAGUGGUGGGUAGUAUAUGGGGCUUUGGAGACAAAACGGAUGGCACUGUGAUAGACUACAUCCAAUUUGCUGAGUAGAGUGUUGGAGGCUAUUUUGUAAAUGACAUCGCCGAAGUCAAGGAUCGGUAGGAUAGUCAGUUUUACGAGGGCAUGUUUGGCAGCAUGAGUGAAGGAGGCUUUGUUGCGAAAUAGGAAACCGAUUCUAGAUUUAACUUUGGAUUGGAGAUUCUUAAUGUGAGUCUGGAAGGAGAGUUUACAGUCUAACCAGACACCUAGGUAUUUGUAGUUGUCCACAUACUCUAGGUCAGACCCGUCGAGAGUAGUGAUUCUAGUCGGGUGGGCGGGUGCAAGCAGCGUUCGGUUGAAGAGCAUGCAUUUAGUUUUACUAGUGUUUAAGAGCAGUUGGAGGCUACUGAAGGAGUGUUGUAUGGCAUUGAAGCUCGUUUGGAGGUUUGUUAACACAGUGUCCAAUGAAGGGCCAGAUGUAUACAAAAUGGUGUCGUCUGCGUAGAGGUGGAUUUGAGAGUCACCAGCAGCAAGAGCGACGUCAUUGAUAUACACAGAGAAAAGAGUCGGCCCAAGAAUUGAACCCUGUGGCACCCCCAUAGAGGCUGCCAUAGGUCCAGACAACAGGCCCUCCGAUUUGACACAUUGAACUCUAUCAGAGAAGUAGUUGGUGAACCAGGCGAGGCAGUCAUUUGAGAAACCAAGGCUAUUUAGUCUGCCAAUAAGAAUGCGGUGGUUGACAGAGUCGAAAGCCUUGGCCAGGUCAAUGAAAACGGCUGCACAGUACUGUCUAUUAUCGAUCGCGGUUAUAAUAUCGUUUAGGACCUUGAGCGUGGCUGAAGUGCACCCAUGACCAGCUCGGAAACCGGAUUGCAUAGCGGAGAAGGUACGGUGGGAUUCGAAAUGGUCGGUGAUCUGUUUGUUAACUUGGCUUUCAAAAACUUUUGAAAGGCAGGGCAGGAUGGAUAUGGGUCUGUAACAGUUUGGAUCUAGAGUGUCACCCCCUUUGAAGAGGGGGAUGACCGCGGCAGCUUUCCAAUCUCUGGGGAUCUCAGACGUUACGAAAGAGAGGUUGAACAGGCUAGUAAUAGGGGUUGCGACAAUUUCGGCGGCUAGUUUUUAGAAAGAAAGGGUCCAGAUUGUCUAGCCCAGAUGAUUUGUAGGGGUCCAGAUUUUGCAGCUCUUUCAGAACAUCAGCUGUCUGGAUUUGUGUGAAGGAGAAGCGGGGGGGGGGGGGGGGGGGCAUGGGCAAGUUGCAGCGGAGGGUGCAGAGCUGGUGGCCGGGGUAGUGGGAGCCAGGUGGAAAGCAUGGCCAGACGUAGCAAAAUGCUUGUUGAAAUUCUCGAUUAUUGUAGAUUUAUCGGUGGUGAUAGUGUUUCCUAGCCUCAGUGCAGUGGGCAGCUGGGAGGAAGUGCUCUUAUUUUCCAUGGACUUUACAGUGUCCCAAAACUUUUUGGAGUUAGUGCUACAGGAUACACAUUUCUGUUUGAAAAAGUUAGCCUUUGCUUUCCUAACUGCUUGUGUAUACUGGUUCCUAACUUCCCUGAAAAGUUGCAUAUCGCGGGGGCUAUUUGAUGCUAAUGUAGUACGCCACAGGAUGUUUUUGUGCUGGUCAAGGGCAGUCAAGUCUGAGGAGAACCAGGGGCUAUAUCUGUUCUUAGUUCUGUAUUUUUUGAAUGGGGCAUGUUUAAUUAAGAAAAUUAAGGAAAUUACUUUUAAAGAACAACCAGGCAUCCUCUACUGACGGAAUGAGAUCUAUAUCCAUCCAGGAUACCUGGGCCAGGUCAAUUAGGAAGGCCUGCUCGCUGAAGUGUUUUUGGGAGCGUUUGACAGUGAUGAGGGGUGGUCGUUUGACCGCGGACCCGUUACGGACGCAGGCAAUAAGGCAGUGAUCGCUGAGAUCCUGGUUGAAGACAGCGGAGGUGUAUUUAGAGGGUAAGUUAGUCAGGAUGAUAUCUAUGAGGGUACCCAUGUUUACGGAUUUAGGGUUGUACCUGGUAGGUUCGUUGAUAAUUUGUGUGAGAUUGAGGGCAUCUAGUUUAGAUUGUAGGAUGGCCGGGGUGUUAAGCAUAUCCCAAUUUAGGUCACCAAGCAGUACGAACUCUGAGGAUAGAUGGGGGGCAAUCAAUUCACAUAUGGUGUCCAGGGCACAGCUGGGGGCUGAGGGGGGUCUGUAGCAAGCGGCAACAGUGAGAGAUUUAUUUCUGGAAAGGUGGAUUUUUAGAAGUAGAAGCUCAAAUUGUUUGGGCACAGACCUGGAUAGUAUGAUAGAGCUCUGCAGGCUAUCUCUACAGUAGAUUGCAACUCCACCCCCUUUGGCAGUUCUAUCUAGACGGAAAAUGUUAUAGUUGGGGAUGGAAAUUUCAGAAUUUUUGGUGGCCGUCCUAAGCCAGGAUUCAGACACUGCUAGAACAUCAGGGUUGGCGGAGUGUGCUAACGCAGUAAAUAACUCAAACUUAGGAAGGAGGCUUCUGAUAUUUACGUGCAGAAAACUAAGGCUUUUACGGUUACAGAAGUCAACAAAUGAUAGCUCCUGGGGAGUAGGAGUGAUACUGGGGGCUGCAGGGCCUGGGUUAGCCUCUACAUCACCAGAGGAACAGAGGAGGACUAGAAUAAGGAUACGACUAAAGGCUUUAAGAACUGGUCUUCUAGUGCGUUGGGCACAUAGAAUAAAGGGGGCAGUUCUCCGGGCGUUGUAGAAAAGAUUCAGGGCAUUAUGUACAGAAAAGGAUAUGGAAGGAUAUGAGUACAGUUGAGGUAAACCUAAGCGUUGGGUAACAAUGAAAGAGAUAGCAUCACUGGAGGCACCGAUUGAGCCAGUCUCGGCGUGUAUGGGGGGUGGAACAAAGGAACUAUUUGAGGCAGUUUGAGAGGGACUAGGGGUUCUACAGUGAAAUUGUAUAAUAAGAACUAACCCAAACAGCAAAAGGCAAGGCAUAUUGACAAGGGAGAGAGGCAUAAAGCAAUCAAAUCAAAUCAAAUCAAAUGUUAUUGGUCACAUGCGCCGAAUACAACAGGUGCAGACAUUACAGUGAAAUGCUUACUUACAGCCCUUAACCAACAGUGCAUUUAUUUUAAACAAAAAAAGUAAGAAUAAAACAACAACAAAAAAAGUGUUGAGAAAAAAAGAGCAGAAGUAAAAUAAAGUGACAGUAGGGAGGCUAUAUAUACAGGGGGGUACCGUUGCAGAGUCAAUGUGCGGGGGCACCGGCUAGUUGAGGUAGUUGAGGUAAUAUGUACAUGUGGGUAGAGUUAAAGUGACUGAAUAAAUACUUAACAGAGUAGCAGCAGCGUAAAAAGGAUGGGGUGGGGGGGCAGUGCAAAUAGUCCGGGUAGCCAUGAUUAGCUGUUCAGGAGUCUUAUGGCUUGGGGGUAGAAGCUGUUGAGAAGUCUUUUGGACCUAGACUUGGCACUCCGGUACCGCUUGCCGUGCGGUAGCAGAGAGAACAGUCUAUGACUAGGGUGGCUGGAGUCUUUGACAAUUUUGAGGGCCUUCCUCUGACACCGCCUGGUAUAGAGGUCCUGGAUGGCAGGAAGCUUUGCCCCAGUGAUGUACUGGGCCGUACGCACUACCCUCUGUAGUGCCUUGCGGUCAGAGGCCAAGCAGUUGCCAUACCAGGCGGUGAUGCAACCAGUCAGGAUGCUCUCGAUGGUGCAGCUGUAGAAUUUUUUGAGGAUCUGAGGACCCAUGCCAAAUCUUUUUAGUCUCCUGAGGGGGAAUAGGCUUUGUCGUGCCCUCUUCACGACUGUCUUGGUGUGUUUGGACCAUGAUAGUUCGUUGGUGAUGUGGACACCAAGGAACUUGAAGCUCUCAACCUGUUCCACUACAGCCCCGUCGAUGAGAAUGGGGGCGUGCUCAGUCCUCUUUUUUUUCCAAUCACAGGUGUUAUUAGAGAGAGCUAAGACAACAACUGGUAAUAGCGAUAAAGUUUGGGCUGAGGCUAAACAGAAUAAACAGGACAGGGUACCGUGUAAAGGAACAGUCCAGCAGGCAUCAGCUGUGCAGCUGAGUGAUCAUAAGGUCCAGUGAACAGCAAUAUGUGAGUCCGAGAGCAGUUCAAAUUGGUGCUUCAGCACAGCUAGCAGGGAGCACAGUUGUAGUUUGCGUGUGCUAGCGGGCCGGAGCUAGCAGAUGGAUCUUCGUGGUCGCCGCAACGGGAAGCCUGUUGAAACCACAUCAGACGAUUUCGUCGGCAAACCAGUCGUGUUGGAUCGGCGGGGCUCAGUGUCAACACUAGGAGGUCCCGUCCGGUUGACAGAGAGAUAGAGAGCCGGGAGAUGGGCCUGAGGCUAGCUCAAGGCUAACUGGUGCUUGCUAUAGGGCAAUGGUAAUUAGCCAACAACAGGUUGCAGCUAGCUAGCUGGUUGCGAUGAUCCGGCGCUAGGGUCCAGUGAUUCCGGCAGAAAGUCUGAUAAGCUCUGGGUCGAUAGCACGCUGUGCAGACUGGCCGACAAAUUGUCCAGGCUAGAGCUAGAGCUGGCUGGUGGAUAGUGUAGGCCACGGACAAUGGUGAAGACGCUAACGGUGACUAAUAGCAAGUAGCCAUUCAGUUGCAGCUACACUAGUUUCAGCUUAAGAUCACUGUGUCCUGUUUCUCCAGCCUGCCAUUGGUUUAGUUAUUUUUCUCUAAUGCCAUUGGCUGACUUCUUUUUGUUCUGUGAUUGUGAAGUCCAAUAGAAGUCCUCCUCUCUCUGCUCUGUCUCCCAGGUUGUUCAGGUAGUGCGGGCGGUUGAUAGGGACCAGGGAGGACAGGACGCCACCGUCCACUUCAGCAUCCCUCCGGAGUCCAGCUCUGCUCUAAACCUCACAAUCAGGGAGAGUGGAGGUGCCCUCUAGCAAUGUUCAAUCCUCUGUGUCAAACUGUCACCCUCCUCAACCCUCUUCUUAAUGCAUGUCAAAUCAGAAAGUCUGCAACUUGUUUUGACAUGCUUAAUGACAGUGUGCCUGCAUCUUAUAGUAACGAUAUUAUAAGCCUGUCGAACUUCUAAUAUUCAUUUUAGGACUUACAUAGUGUAAGUGGAGAAUGGCAUUCAUGUACCAUUGACCUGACGACUGGCUUGUGUUUCUGGUGUUACUGUCUUAUUUAACCCCAGGUGCCACAGCGAGCCUGGUGCUCCAGUCGGCCCUGCAGCCCCUCCCUGGCUACUCCUCCUCCCUCCUCACCCUGUACGUGCCCAUCGUGCUGCGGGACGGGGCGUCCGGCCUCAGUAACACUGGGACGGUCACGGUGACAGUGUGUCCAUGUCUGAGAGGAGGCAUGCAGGCUGAGGAGAGGGGCAGGCAAAGGGACAGGGGCUGGGAGAGACAGACGGUAUGUCUGCCGCUGCCCUCCACCUCUCCAUCACUCUUCUUCAGUAUGGUCACCUUGCUGGCUCUGCUGGCCUGUGUCACCACCCUGCUGGGUAAGACUCUCUGUGUAGUAGCACUACUGUCUAAUCAAUGUAUAGUACAUGCCUGUUUGUACUGUUUUCGCUAUACUGUAUGUCUGUCUGUCUAUUUGUUGUCUGUCCGUCGAUCUGUCUGUCUGAAGAUCUGUAUCCCAUGAAAUGGACUGCAGUGUCAGUGUGUGGUAUUUACGAUGAUGUGCCUCUCUCUCUCUCUCUCUCCUCUCCUCCCUCCCUCCCUCCCUCCUCUCCCUCCCUCCCUCCCUCCCUCCCCCCUAGUGGUGUGUGCUCUGUCUCUGUCUCUGCGGCAUCAGAAGCGAGACUCCCACUCCCCAUUUGAGGAGGAUGAUGUGAGGGAGAACAUCAUUACCUACGACGACGAAGGGGGAGGGGAGGCAGACACUGCUGCCUUUGACAUCACCGCGCUCCAGAGCAUGCACAGAGUACAACGCAUGCAGGACAGCAGGAACAUGUGAGCUGUGACGUUGGUUUGUGUAGUGUGUGUGAGGGCAUGUGUUUGCAUGCGCAUGUGUCUGUGUGUGUGUGUGUUCCUCUGCCUUAUGCUCAUCUCUUCGCCCAGAUGGUACACCCAGCAGAAUCAGGCCAGGGCCAGGACGUACAGCUGGAGCCGGACCCCACACUCUGCUUUGGACCCCCGGCGUCCAGGCUCAGUCCCUGUGUACGGACGCCUCUGCUACAGCAUCCACACCCUGCCUGUUCUCAGAGACUGUCCCGAGGGGCCCACUCCAUUCCAGUCGGGUCUGCAGCUGGCCAAACUGAUGGAAACCUAUGGGCUUCCUGGCAAUCAGAUGGGUAAUGAUAAUAAUUCCUUAGUCAUCCAGAACCAGGGCACAUUUGAUCUGCUAGAGCCUGGAGCGGUUAAUCUCAACCCUGCUGAGCCACAGUGCCCCAGCAGAGACGGACCAGAGAGCAUGGCGGCUGACAGCAGACCCACAGAGAGAGAGGGAGGCAGGGAGACCAACAAUGACACCCAGCAACAGCAGCUGCAUCUGGACCAGGGACCAAUCAGGGUCAGAUAUGAACUUUCAUAUAUAAUGGGUGUAAUAAUGUUGUUGUUAUCCACCUCAGAGAUUUUGGUAAAUCUCGGACUAUUUUUCCUUUUAAAGUAUUUAUUAUUCCUCAUAAAAUCAUUGUGUAUUUCCUCCCCAGACACAGCCUGAGUCUGUACUGACAGAUGAAGCACUGGUUCUGACCUACUCUGUCCCAAAUGGCUCAUGCUCCCAGAGUCACAGCAGCAGCAUCUCAUCCUCAGAGCAGCAGGAGAACAAGCCAGAGUCCUCUCCCUCACAGACCACCACCAACACCACCACUGGAGCUUCCAGCUCUGCAGUAGAUGACACAGACACAGAUUCCUCUACUCUCCCCAGCUCAGAGAAGAAUGAAGACACUGUUGGUGUUAGCCAAAUAAAUACCAAUCACACCCACACUAACACACUGGGGGACUCAACAUACAGCAUUGUGGGUUCACUAAACCAGGGCAGUGGAGGGAUACCUGUGACCGGGACUACUUUGUAUCCAGGCAGUGCAGAAUUCCUGAACAUGUAUGCGCUCGGUAGGAGCCUCUCUGGAGGCAUGCUGGGAUACGGCAGGGGGUGGGGCUGUGCCCGGGGACUGGUGUCUAACAGGGCAGGGGCAAGGGGUGGGGCUAACUGUAACCCUUCCCUGCCUUUGAGGAUGGAGGAGUUGCUGAAGCACCGUCUGAACCAGGUGACUGACCUACCCCAGCCACCCUAUGACUCACUGCAGACCUAUGAGUUUGAGGGGGGGGACUCCCGGGCGGGGUCGCUGAGCUCACUGGAAAGCGAGGGAGAGAGGGAGGAGGAGAGAGAGAGGGAAGCGGUAGACGAGUUGGACCAGAAAUUCCAUAGGCUAGUGAAGAUAAUCGAAGAGAGAGAACAAGAAAAGGAGUGUGAGAGAAGUUCAGUGGAGGAGACGACACCGGCAGAAGAUAGAAGCCAGUGUUUGGAUGUCAAUGAGACGAGCAAAACAGAGAGCGUGGAUGAAGAGAAAAAGGUCUCA